CCUUUGCAGCAUUAGUUUCAAAUAAAUAUUCAAUCAGCUGUGUUUUUCGAUAUCUACUUAACAAGAACAAAAUACUACAAUGUAAAAUUUAGAGUCAAAAGUUAAACGUUUUCAAUGCAUAAAUUUGAUAAAUCCGGACACAUCAUAUGAAUUUUAUUAUCUUAACCGAGAUAAGAUACGUGGUGAGUUUUUUUUAAUAAUAUCUGUACUCGUUUAUAAUGUCAAAUCGUAACGCUUAUCAUUUGUAUGUUUUCACUUUGAACUAUACUUAGAUUCUCUUAUACGUAUUCAUUCGACAUAUUUAAUUCUUCACUACUACUAUGUAAGGUUGCUUCUACUUAUGAUGGGUGAAAAAAAUCUGAAGAUCGAUUUUGAAGUACAAAAGUUAUUAAAGUUACUGAUGAAAUCAGAAAAUGCAGCAAUCGACCAAUUUCUGCUGCAUGAUGAAAUAAAUCAAAGACAUAUUUACAGAAAUAUUUUGAUAGCAAUAGAAAUUUCGAUUGAAAUCAAUGAUGAAGUUAGUUUUAAAGAGUUAUCCAGUAUUUUGGCAUUACUGAGUGAUGUAAACAUUUUCCCCAAUUUAAUUUCUUGCUUUCAUUUUGAUGAUAAUCCCUUUAAAUUGACUAAUGUUGUUAUAGUGGCUUGUAAACACAAUCGAUUAGAAAUCUUGAACCAAAUAUUCAGUGAUGAUUCUUCGAUUAUCAGUGAUCUCUCCACUAAAGUUGAUGGAACUUUUCCUUUGCCUGACGAUAAAGAUGAAGAAAGUCACAAUGCCUUUUAUUAUGCUGCGCGCUCAGGAAAUACGAGGCUUCUUGAAGUUUUAAUGAAGAAGUGGCCAUUGGAUUAUUUUUUAUCACAUGCUGAAGAACUGUGUUUUCUCCUGUCAAAAAGCUUAAAUGAGUUAAUGUUAAAAAAUGUUGAUGUUGCAACCGAAAUGAAGAUAUAUAUACAUAGUUUUUUACUUGAUAACUAUUUUGAGCAAGUUAUUCCAACAGACUCAACUGAUUAUUCUCAUGAUGAUAUCCAAGAAAGUUUGUCAGUUAUUUUGGAGUACAGUGAUUUAUUUCAAACAAUGUACAAAACGAGAGAAUCUAAGAACAUGCAGAUGUUUUUAGCGAAGCAGAUUGCGCUAAAUAUAAUGACUUUAAAAAAAUGGCUAAAAUCUACAUAUGACAGAGUUCCUUGGGAAGAAAUGGAAUUUCACGUAAUCUCCUUUAUCCGGUAUCUGAAUAAUCAAGGAAGUUACAUCAAUUGCUUUGUAACAGAGAAUGACUUUGUGAAAUAUCUUAGUAAUUUUUGUGAGUGUCUGGCAAAUGAAACCACAGAAAUUAAUAAAAUUGGCAAAGAUGUAUUAAGUAAGCUUCCUGAAAAAUUAAAACGGAAUAAUGUAGUAAGCAACAUAAUUUCUAAAUAUCCGCAUUUUGAAGAAUUUUUCGAAAAUUAUGAGAUAAUUCGUGAUUAUGAAUCUCUCAAUAUUAUUAAGAAAUAUGUCGACGUAGUGACUGAAGUGAACAGUCUUGAAAAUGGCGGAAAAACUGUCAUCAUUAGAGCCUUGCAAGUUUUGGGAGAGAAUUUUAAAAAUACACUUGAAUCACCAAAACUCUCUCAAGCCACAAACGAUUUUUUGAUGAUGUUCAUACCAAACAAAACAAUCACUAUUCUAAAAUUUUUGAGGGACUCUUUUUCGCAUGGUUUUCCUUUAUCAACUUGUAAAGAUAUUGAAGAACGUUACGGCCUUGAGUUCUACACAUUUGUUCAAAAGGAUGUGAAAAGUUUAAGUUAUGCUGUAACUUCAGUACUCCAGAAAAUAAAGUUUCGAACAUUCAGAACUUUGUUGGAGCGAAUUUGCAAUUGCAAAGACAUUGGUGAAUAUAAAGACAUUUCUCGUAUGAUUCGACUUGUAUAUUUUGAGAAUGAUAUAACAGAUAUUUUACCAAGUAACGACAAUACAGUAAUUACUGUAUUGGAAAAAUUAAUUGCUGACUUAAGUGAAAUUAUAAAAGUGAAAACACAUUUUGAAGAGAGUAUAUUUUUAGAAAUAGCAAGUAUAAUUAAUUUUGAAAAGAGUUUUCUAAAUAAGUCCAAACUUGAGUUGGAGUUCUAUCUCAACACGCUAUAUGGUGCAUCGAUCCCUAGCAGUAUAUUGAAUAGUUACACUAUUUCUGAGAAAAAGAAGAAAAUCAAGCACUUGCUAAAUGGUAUAAACCCUGUAAUGGUUCCAGAAAGCUUAAGAAGAAUAGGAUAUUUAACUAAUGAAAUUUUCAAACAUAUUUUGUAUAAUGAAGAUGAGCAAGAUAUGUCAAAUAUCUACUCUGCAGUUUUGAAAAUAUUUUAUAUUACUGAAUGUCAAGGAGAUGAAAUCAAACACCUUCAGGAACUCAAGAAAACUUUUACGAAGACCAAAAAAAUAACUAUUGAUAAUAUCAGAAAAAUAAAAAACUCAUCAACAAGGUCUUAUCAAGAAAUCUUGUCAAAUGAUAUUACAUCUUUGAGAAAAAUAAUACGUGAACAUAAUUUUACUGAAUUUAAUACAGAAUCCUUUUUCAUCUAUAAAAAUGAUUUCAAAAUACAAGUGGAAAUUGAAAUGCUUACAUUAUCAAUUUUGUCUAGCAUAGAGCAUUCCAAACUUUUUUUGAUUACGACUCAGCUAUCUAACGAAGAGGGUCCUCUAUUAGUUGGCAAAUAUCUAAGGAAUUAUCUAGCUCAUGGAAAUGCUGUUGUGGACAUUUUAAUGGAUUCCACUCAGUCAUUAUUUUUAUUUGCUUUGAAGAUUAUCAAGCAUGAUAUUUAUCGAAAGGGAAAUUUUACAAUAAAACGCAUAAAGAAUCUAUCGAAUGCAAAAUCUAUUGUUGAAAAACUAGAAAGACUGUUUUGUGCUUUGUCUAACGGCUCCUCAGCUGAUGUGAAACAUUGGAUGAAAGAAGGAGCAGAUAUUUACGGAAAGGAUCCUGACAUGAGAACAGCUUUACAUUUUGCUUCAAAAUCCUCUAACAUUAAUAUUAUAAAGUUCUUAAUUGACCGCGGAUUAAAUCCAAAGACCAAAGAUGUUAAUGAUACAAAUAUUCUUCACAUAGCAACUGCAUCAGGAUGUAAGGAUGCAGUUUCUUAUAUUAUCGAAGAUUUGGAAAUAUCAGUUGAUGAAAAAUUUAACUAUAAUCAAACAGCUCUUCAUAUUGCAGCAGAAAAUGGGUUUUUUGAUAUCGUUGAAAUUUUACUUCAUCACAAAGCUACAAUCAACGUUGGUCAGUUUCAUGAGACGCCACUGUACAAAGCUGUAAUUAAUGAUAAAGCAAAAGCCGCUGACUUAUUACUUCAGAAUGUUCAGGAUAUAAAUUCAAUCCGACAUGCAACAGGAAAGACCUUAUUACAUGUUGCUGCUGGCUUGGGACUCAAGAACAUGGUGGAAUAUUUACUCAGUAAAGGAGCAGAUGUUAAUUCUGUAUCUGAUACACGGGUCACACCAUUGCACAAAUCUGCUUACGCUGGGCAUGUAGAUAUUAUCACAUUAUUGAUUUCUAAUGGGGCAAUCGUAAAUGCUAAGGAUUCAGCUGACAACAUUCCACUUCAUUUUGCUGCUUUUAAUGGACAGUCAUCGACUGCUGAAAUUUUAUUAAGACAUGGCGCAGAUUUCAAUGCUUUUAACAAAGAAAAACUUUCACCUUUGCAGCGUGCCAUUAUGAAUGGACAUUUAAAUGUAUUGAAAUCCUUUAUUGAACACGGCGCAAGUAUUGAGGAUCUUGAAAGACGGGGUUUUCCAGUAUUUGAAUAUGCAAUCCCUCAUAAUAACUUAGAACUCAUAAAUAUUUUGAUUGAAAAUGGGAUGUCGAUUUACAUAAGGGAUCCUGAUGGCUGUACUCCUCUUCAUCAAAGCAUAAAAAAUGGUUCGAUAGAUAUUUCGAUUUAAUUGCUAUCCGAACAGGUGAAUAUUCAUUCAGUUGAUUAUAAAGGACAAACUUUAUUGCAUAUGUGCACUUUAAAUUUUCUACUUUGGGACUCUAUGGGUGAAGAAUAUUUUACAGAGACCUACAACAACUUAAUUUCUAAUCCGAGUAGGCUUGACAUUUUUAAAAAGCUGGUAGAAAGUGGAAUUAGCAUUGAAAGUAAGAAUAUCUUCGGCAGAACUCCUUUGCACUUAGCUUGUAUUUCAGGCUAUGAUGACAUCGUUCAAUAUUUAAUCCCUAAAUUAUUUGACAUUAAUACUUACGACAAACUAGGAUAUACACCCUUACAUCAUGCUGUCAGACAUAAUCAUCUGAAAGUCUUAAAUAUACUGUUAGCUAGUAAAAAAUGUUGUUUGGAUUCCAAGACGUUUAAAAACGAAACAGCUCUAUGCUUAGCUGUAACCAACAAUUAUACCGAAUCAACGCGCCUGUUAAUCAAAUAUGGAGCUGAUGUGAAUGAUGGAGAUCCACUUCAUAAAGCUCUUAUGCGUGGAAGUCAGGAUAUGUGUAUAAUUCUUCUUGAAAACAAAUCAACCGAUAUCCUGAAACAAUUUGAAGAUAAAACUGAAACGCUUCUUUGGUUCGCCGUGACUAAAGGUCUAAAACGAGUGGUAUCUUUUGUUCUAGAUAAAAAGAAACUUUUGACGUCUGAUGAUUUAAAUGAAAUCUUAUACUUUGCCAUUCACAGGGGUUACGAUGACAUUGUAAGCAUUUUAUUAAAUCAUGGAGCUGAUGUAAACUUCGUUUUUAAACUAAAUUUUUGCCCUUUGCAUCUAGCAGUGUUUUGUGGACAUUUCGACAUCAUUAAAUUAUUGUUGGCAAGAGGAGCAGAUUUUAAUAAACUGAAUUCCGAAAAUCAGAGACCGGUUGAUUUGGCUGUAUUUCUGGGUCAUUUGGAAUCAGCACAAAUAUUUUUUCAGAAAAAAAUUAUGGACAUAAAUGAAAAAAUCCAUGGCGACUCUACUUUGUUAAAUUUAGCUGCUGAAUGUGGACACCUGGACAUAGUAAAAUUUCUCAUAAAUGGAGGUGCCGAUUUAAAUGUAAUUGGAAGUUUCGGCUCAAAACCCAUACACACAGCAGCUCAAAUGGGACAUUUGCACAUUGUUAAAUACUUUAUUCAAUGCGAUGAAAAACUGUUAACAGACCGUGGAUGUUCAAAUAUGAGUCUUCUUCAUUACGCAUCCGCUGAAGGCCAUAUAGAAGUUGUUAAAUAUCUAAUUGAAAAAGGAAUUGAUGUCAAUGAUGAAUGUGACGAUGGAUUCCGAUCAAUUCAUUUUGCAAUAAAGUUUGACCAUGAGGAAGUAAUCAAAGUAUUGCUUAAUUAUGGUGCUUUUUAUGACUGCAUUAGAUUGUAUCAGAUUGAAAAUAAAGACAUUAAAGGAAUCUUUCUGAUGACAAAAGAACUUUUUCAUUCAGUUAUAUGCAAUAAUAUUUCAAAAGUCAUAUCACUUGUUGAUGAGGGUGCGUGCAUCAAUGCUAAGGAUUCAACAGAUAAUACGGUUUUGCAUUAUGCUGCAAGGAAAGGUCAUGCUGAAAUUAUUCUAAUUUUGGUAAAAAACAACGCAAACCCUAAUAUAUUGGGUGAAAAGAAUGCUACACCUCUUCAUUAUGCUUCAGUCUAUGGCAGAAUUGAGGUAGUAAUAAUUCUAUUAGAAAAUGGUGCUAUAUAUGAUGCAAUAACAACUGAUAAGAAAACUCCUCUUGAUCUAUCAUCAAGCGAAAGUGUCAGCGAUCUAUUAAAACUAAUCGAUAGCGCUUUUAAAUCUGUGCAAAAUGCUAACAUUGAGAUUUUAAAUACCCUUGCAAAAAUAAUGUAUUCCGAUGUAUUGAAAUCGAUUAUGUGUACAAAAAAUAAAAGAGGAAGGACUUUACUGUCUUGUGCUAUUGACAAUGAUUUUCCUAAAAUAAAUCAUCUCAAACAACUAUUUUUCAUUUAUUCUGAGACCUACAAUCAAAUUUAUAAUAAUUUUUUAAUUAAGGAAAAUGUUAAUGAUCAUAUAAGCGAACAAACGAAUUCACUGCAGAAAAUUUCUCCAACUCAUGUUUCAGAUAAUCCAGAUUCAUUAGAAACAAAAGAAAAUUCAGCAAUAAUAUUGUAUAAACAGGAGAAAUAUCAAGAAUCACUUGAUAUUUUUCAGGAAAUGCUUCGGAGGAAGAUAGAGAUAUUUGGACUAGGUAAUAUUCGUACUCAAAAAACACGAUUUUAUAUUGGAUCUAUUCUUCAUAGAUUAGAUAGAAAUGAAGAAGCAAUAGAAAUUUUGGAAGAUGUUUACUUGCAACAAAGCAUUUUAUUAGGAUUAGAUCACUUUGAGACUUUGAUCACAUUGUGUAGUAUGCCAGAAGUUUUAAAUGAACUUAAACGGUAUGAUGAUGCACUGAAUCAAAACAGUAUUAUGUUGAAAAAAUUUCAGGAAAUGUUUGGUUCAGAAAACCCUCUGACUAUACACGCUUUACAAUCUCGAGCAGAUAUUUUAACAAAUUUGGGUAAGUACGGCGAGGCUCUAUCUUGCUGUAAGUGUGUUUACGAAUACAAAAAAAGAGAGCUAGGACCUUCUCAUCCAGACUCUUUAAUGUCACUUUUUAAUAUAAAGUCUUUGUUAUGUUAUCAAAGUUCAUCUGAUAAAGCUCUCAAUGACUUGCAAGAUUUUUUAAAUAUUCAGGAAAAUGUUGUAGGUCCAAAUCAUCAGAUUGCGUUAAUGGCUGAGAAGAAAUUAGCUAUAGUGUCAAUCAAAAGUGGUAGAUUUAGUGAGGGUUAUAAAAUACUUAAAAGAUAUGUUGCGAAACGAAAAGCUGUCUCAGGUGAAAAUGAUUCAAAGGUUUUAAAAAUGGAGCAAGACUUAGAAAAAAUGAAAGAUGGGGUAGAUUUAUUCAAUUUGCUAACCUCAAAGUAUAAAGCUCCGAAACCAAGCGCAUCACCUAUGCAAAAUAUGUAUCAAUUUGAAACUUUUGAUUCUGAAGGCACAACAUUUCUUCAUUUUGCUGCAAGGGAAGGACAUACGUCUUUAGUAAAGUAUGCAUUGCCGAUUGGAUUCAAUGUUAUGGUUUUAACCAAUACAGGAAAUACGGCACUACAUAUAGCAGCGUCCAAAGGUCAUACUGAAAUUAUCGAGUUACUUCUCAAGCAUGUUAAAGAAACUAACUUUAAACAAUUAACUGCUUUUAUAAAUGCUCGAACAAGAAAUAGUGGAAAUUCUGCAUUACAUGCAGCUGCAGAUGUUGAAACUGUCAAGACUUUGCUCAAAUACGGUGCCAUUUAUAACAUACGAAACAAGGAUGGUAAAUCACCAAAAGAUUACUCAACGGUAGACAGCAUUUCUGAUUUUUUUCAACUAAUUGAGGAAUUUUACAUUGGUGCCUUGAUUGGCGACGGCAAAAUAAUAUCCAAAUUCAAGUAUCUUAGUCGAGAAGAUAAAUUAGCAGUUUUAAAUGCAAGAAAUGAGUUACACCACACAAUACUGCAAGUUGGUGUGAAUUAUGGGUAUAAAAAAUUAUUGAAUGCAUUGAACUUGUACUGAAAUUAGAAACUUAUUUUUCAAAUUACUUUAAAAAAUUGUUAACAGUUUAAUCUUUCCCAAACGCUAAUGUUGGUAAAUUGUAUUCUAUAUAUAACAAUAUACAUACUUUAUGUUACAUUAUCAGUGCCUCCGAAGCAAUGGGAACCGGAAAAUAAAUAAAUUUGAUAUUUUUACCUAAAAAUAAUUGUGUAAUAAACCGUCAAAUAAACCAUAUUAGCUUUAAAUAGGGACUUUUUACUACUAAAAAGUAAAAUAAUGAAAUAAAAGUAAAUUUUUGUCUAAAUAUGUUUGUUAAACAUAUUUACAUAAUGAUUCUUAUCAUGCAUGCAAUAUUCUUAUCAUGCAUGUAUAAAUGGUUCGCAAAGUUGAAGCUCCAAUUCAAAAUAUAUAAUGUUUUUACUAGUGAGGUGAUAUUAGAAUUCAAACUGGUAAUUUUUAUGAUUUUUAAGAAAGACUUUUCUUUUCAACUGUCAAUGUGGAAUAAUAAUUGGAGUGCCUAGUUGAAUAGAUGAAACGUUUAAGUGCUUUUUCAAAGUGGAGUGAGAAGAAAAUAUGGUGUCCAAACUAUUUUGCUAUAGAAUUAAUAGAAGGUGGGCUAAUGCAUCUGUGCCAUAUUUAAAUUACAACCUAAUUUAAAAAUAAACUUAUGCAAUCACGCACACAAAACCAAUGUUUAUUUAUGUUGGAAUUAAAAUUGGGAAGUAAAAACGAAUCUGUUACAAAUAGAAAACCUUGAGUGAUUCAACCAAUUUAUUUUUUUUUCUCUUGUUCAGUUUAUAUCUUUCUUUAAAUGCUCCUAAAAAUGUCACUUACUCGCGUCGUCGACUCAGCUUUCUAUUUAAUUCUCAAUUGCAAGCAAUAUUAUUUAACGUUGUACUGUAGUUAGCAAAAAUAAUCGAUUGUUUAUUAAUUAUUUACCUGCUUAUUGUUAUCUUAUUAUUAUUAUCUACCUACUUGCCACUUGUUCUUCUUUCUGUUCAAAAAUAAAAUGUUUAGUGUUUAACAAAGUAUAUGCUUUAACCCUUAUUACCGCAGCCAAGAAAAAUACUGCCUAAUGUCACUGUCACUAAUAUACAACUCAUCUUGAAAAGGAAAAUUUGUAAAAAAUAAUAUUUCGUAUUUAUCUUGUUUUUGGAGAAACUAGAUCAGCUAUUUCUGAAUGAUGUUCUUCGAAACCCAAAUGUUCCUAUAAAAAGGUCACAUGGGUUCUGAAAAGUAAAAUUUUUUUAACCGGUCACGAUAUUUGAAACCAGUAAUUAAAAUUAUAUCCAAUUAGUGAUUUAUUAUUUAUUUAAUGAUUGCGUACUUUGUAUGAAACUGUUCAAUUGAAAUGUUUGUGAAGAAAUAAAUUUCAUGACAUUGUU